CAGUGGAGAAAGAUUAGACUCCUCAGAAGCUAAUUGACUAGGGAAGGAUCAGGAAGACAAGACACACCAAAAGGGGGAGGGAAUCUACAAUGGAAUGACACAAGAAAGAUCAGCCGGAUUAAGUAGUCAUGAUUAUGCAAAGCCAUAUACAGAGACCAAGGUGUAAAGCAGGUCAGAGAAAAUGGAAAUCUUAAGAUUGGCUCAGUCAAAAAGAAACAUUGUCAGUUUGAACAUGGACCUUGAAAGGGAUAUGCAGAGAAUAGAUGAAGCAAAUCAGAAACUUCUUCUCAAAAUCCAAGAGAGAGAAGAUAAGAUUCAGAGGCUGGAAAGUGAGAUCAUUCAGACGGGGGACCUGGUAGAAGAUGAAGAGUGGGAGAAGGAGAACCGCACCACGAUGGAAAGGGAAAGAGCCUUGCAGGAGCUGGAGGAAGAAACAGCCAGACUUGAAAGGAAGAAUAAGACAUUGGUCCACAGUAUAACAGAACUUCAACAAAAGCUUACAAGGAAAUCACAAAAGAUAACCAAUUGUGAACAAAGCAGUCCAGAUGGAGCCCUAGAAGAGACAAAGGCUAAGUUACAACAGCUGGAAGCUUCCUAUGCACGUCAAGAGAAGGAGCUGCUCAAGGUAAUGAAGGAGUAUGCAUUUGUGACCCAGCUCUGUGAAGAUCAAGCCCUCUACAUAAAGAAGUACCAGGACACACUGAAGAAAAUAGAAGAAGAACUAGAGGCUUGGUUCCUUGAGAGAGAAGUAUCAAAACUCGUGAGCAUGAACUCUGUGGAAAAAGAGCAUACCAGCCAAAAUAAUGAGGGUACUCCUACCCAAAAGACAGCAACGUUAUUCAGUAAAAAGAUUUUUUGCUGUCUCUUUUUCAUCACCCUAUUUUUCAUCAGACUGCUGAGCUACAUGUUUUUUCAUGUAAGAUUCAUAAAUCCAGAUCUCCUCGUCAAUGUACUGCCCAAGGUACUGAGCAGGAGCACCUUGUGGAAGCUCAGAUGCUUCUUCUUUCCAUCUCUCACACUUGAGACAGAGGACAUUUUACCCCACUGAUUCCCCAAGAAAUAUCCUUGAGCAACAGAAGGGAAGCGGGAUCCGAGCUUGUAGAAGGGAGGCAUGAAACUUGUGGAGGAAAGAGAUUUGCUUCAGUUUUUUCCUCACUGUUUGCCCGCUUGACUACCUUCUGUCACCACGUCAUCUUUCCAGGAUUAACCUUGACCAGUAAAACACUCUGUAAUAGA